AUGUCGCGGCGGGCAGCGGUGCCGCGCGGCGCCGCCAAGGCGCAGGACCGCGGCUGGGCCUGGAUGGUGCUGCUCGCCGUGGUGCUGCUGCAGGGGCUGACGCUGGGCUUCCCCUCCUGCAUCGGCAUCUUCUUCACCGAACUCCAGCGCGACUUCCACGCCUCCAACAGCGAGACGUCGUGGUUCCCCUCCAUCAUGGUGGCUGUGCUGCAUGCUGGCGGGCCGCUGUGCAGCCUCCUGGUGAAGCGCUUCGGCUGCCGCUUCGCUGUGAUGCUGGGAGGCCUGCUCAGCAGCGUGGGCAUGGUGUCCAGCUCCUUCUGCACGUCCCUCAGCGAGCUGUACCUAACAGCCGGCUUCAUCACCGGCCUGGGAAUGUGUUUCAGCUUCCAGGCAGGAGUGACUUCGUUGCGCUACUACUUUGUGCGGUGGCAGGCCUUGGCCAACGCCAUGGCAUCGACGGGCGUCUCCCUCGGCUUAACGCUGUGGCCGCUCCUUUCUCAGUAUUUGCUGGAUGAGAUGGGCUGGAGAAACACUUUCCUCAUCUUCGGAGGGAUACUGUUGAACUGCUGUGUUUGUGGAGCCAUCAUGAGACCUGUUCAGCUUGCGUCAAAAUCGUUACUGCAGCCAGUCAGGCCUGCAGAAGAGCCAGGGAGAGAAGCAGAAGAGACACAGCUGGCCAACGGAGGAUCUCCCCACCCAAAGGCCCAGCCAGGCAAGAGGACCUCAUGCUUCCAAACGCUGAAGAAGUACCUGGCUUUUGAUGUCUUCUGCCAAAACAAAGGUUAUCAAAUUUACACUAUUGGAAUGACCUGGAUGAUGUUGGGUUUUGCAUUACCCCACAUCUACCUCGUGCCUUACGCCAUCCACAGUGGGGUGGAGGAACGCAUGGCAGCUCUCCUCGUCUCAGUUAUUGGUUUCAUCAACAUUUUCAUACGCCCUUUGACGGGGCUGCUCUCAGGCCUCAGUUUCUUCACAGGGAGACGGAUCUACCUGUUCUGCCUGGCUGCGCUCCUCUCUGGGCUCAGCAACUUCAUCUGUGUCAUUUCAGCCAAGUUCAGCGUGCUCAUCCUCUACUGUGUCAUCCUCAGCAUAGCCAUUAGCGGUGUCGGGGCACUCACCUUCCAGGUGCUGAUGGAUGUGGUGGACAUGGACAGGUUCUCAAGUGCUUUAGGUCUCUUCACUAUCCUGGAGAGUAUCUCUCUCCUCACUGGACCUCCUCUCACAGGUUUCCUGGUGGACAUAACUAGAAAUUUCCACUGUGUCUUCUAUACGUCCAGUUUUUUCCUGAUAUCGGCUGCAUUAUUCAUGGCAUUCAGCUUCUGUGCUCUGGAAAGAAAAAACAAACUGAAAGAGGCCUCCAAUGCACCUUUGGAUAAUUCUUCCAAAUGUCAACGCAAUGAAAUAUCAGCAGAACCACUGUCAGAAAGACAAUCCCCUCCUGUAGAGGUCCGCACCACAAAUAUAUGAAAAACAACAAAAAAAAAGAUGAAUCCAAACAUUUAUGUAGUCAGUAUAAAGCUAUAAAAGGCCCAACACUGACAGUGGAUGAGAAAAUUGCCUGCUUGCCACAAUGACCAUCGCCCUUCUGUCCAGCACUUCCAUGCAACGGGGCUGCAUCGGAUGCCACGUGAGCAACCGGCUGAGGCUGCGCCCAAACCCCAGCACCAGCCCCAGGACAUACAGAAUCACACAUUCCUAAACCAAACUGUGGGAUAUCGGCCAUGGAACCGGUUCUGACACACAAAAGCUGUGUUGAUUCACAGUGGGUUUAAGCCAGUGUUUUUUAGAGGUCACUGGAAUUUCACAUACAUCUUCCGGUUGCUGGCACUGGCAAAUACGUAUUAACGGCUAAGCACAAGGUUGAUUUUUUCACAAACAGGUAUUAUUGGUCCUAGCAAUGUUAAACUUUACUGAUUUUCCUAGUCUGAAAACACCAUUUGGGUGCCAUAUGAAGAUUCCUGGUUGCUUAUGGGAUGAGGGAAAGAAGACAAACACUUUCCAUGGGAAGUGUGUUAUUAUUUCCUGCAUUGCUAAAUAUUACAUGAAGGUCGUGGUAUGGGUUGCUGAAAUCAGGCAAGUCUCUAACAAGAUCAAAUACUCUUCCUAACAACGUACAAUGAUUUUUUUCAUUUCACGGACAUUUACGGAGAUCCAAAGCUUUGGCCGCAAGGCAUAAAAAAAAAAAAAAUCACAGAAUCUUAGAUGGAUUUUGUAACUAGUGAUAUCUCCAAUUCUCUGAUUUGCCACAAAAAGGUAUUCAUGAUUUAUAGCUUCAUUUCCUUCUGCAGUCACUGAGGGGGAAGAAGGCGGAGGAAGACUCUAGAACUGAGAAUAAUUAUGUGCAUCUUUACAGAGGCUCUAAUUCAAAGGCAUCGUAGCACUCACAUUUCCCCCUUGUGUUAAGAAAUACAGCUCUUUAGCCCAGGCUUUAGACUCCCAGCCUUGGCUACACUAUCAUUUUCAUUACAGAGAAGCUGGCAGGAGCGUAAUUCACCUGUCAAAAAGAAACCACUGGGGAAAAAUACACCAAGAGAAGUCAGUGUAUCAAAGUGUUAGCUUUCACAUCCACCCAUUGUCUUGAUUUUAAGUGGCUUUUCUGGCUACAAUCCCAAGAGCUGCACAUGUAAGUACUAGCACGUGAGUUGCAUCAGCUUCUAGCCUCUCUCAGGAUCAGCUCCAACUGCAAAAGCGCUUUUAUUUUAUAUCAUUUUUUCAUCUGACAUCAGCACAUAUCUCACACAGCACUCGGGCAGAAGGCAGCAAAUCCAUCUGAAAAAAAGGCAGCAUAGGAAAGGAGUGAAAUGGCAGAAGCAACAGCUUUCAACUCAACCUUAGAGCUUAUCUUGAAAACUGUUAUGUCAAGCUCCUAGCAAUAAAACCACUGUUUGCAUUAGGACUGCAUUUCCCAGCCAAGAGAAAGCACCGGGGAAUUAAAAAAAAAAAAAAAAAAGGAAAACUGACUCCCAGGCUUUCCAAGACGAUGACAGCUUCCCAGUUAGCCUUUCAAGCAGGAGGUAUCAGUCCCUCAGAACUGCUCCUGUUCCCACAGCUCAUAGCAAUUUCUUUCACUCAUGGUCUAGGAUUACUGAACCAGCAACACUUCGCUUCUCCUCAUCAAACAUACACUCAAAUACAAUGACCAGUGGGAGACGGAUAUAUCUAAUCUCUAGUCACAAGUGUUUAUUAAUUUCUGGAAAGCUUAAAUAGUCCAUAACCACAAAGUAAACAGGGACAGGUACUUCUCAGCUUACUGAAACAAUGAGCGCUCUACUUUCCGAGGGAAAAACU